UCAGAGGAAGAAAUAAGCUUGCUGGUCAUGGUUUUGGACGUUAACCCGAUAUGGUGGGGUCAGCAAGCCCAGCGUGAGCCACAAUUCACUCUGUCCAAAUGUAUGGACGCUGUCAUGGUGAUGGCUAACGCACACGUGGCCAUGAGCAGGAAUAACAAGUUGGCCGUCAUCGCCAGCCACUGCAAAGACAGUCACUUCCUGUAUCCCACUACGAGUGAAACUGGUAACGACGGCACCACAGACGAUGUGUGUUCCAGCGGCGACGGCAAGUAUGAACUGCUGUCUGUCGCCAACAACAUCAUUGCUGACCAGAUCAGAAAUUUGAUGUCCAACAUUGAAGUGACUGGAGGUUCCACAGACACUUUGCUGGCCGGAUCUCUUGCCAAAGCUCUCUGUUAUAUUAACAGAAUCUCCAAGGAACUUGAAGUGGGACAGGAGGUCAAGUCUCGAAUUUUGGUGAUAAAGGCAGCAGAUGACUGUGCGUUGCAGUACAUGAACUUCAUGAAUGUCAUCUUUGCCGCCCAAAAGCAGAGCAUCCUGAUAGACGCAUGUGUGUUGGAGUCUGACUCUGGGCUCCUACAGCAGGCUUGCGAUAUAACUGGAGGCUUGUACCUCAAGAUCCCCCAGAAGGCAGCCCUAGCGCAGUAUCUGCUGUGGGUGUUCCUGCCAGACGGCGAGCAGCGUUUGCAACUCCUGCUGCCGCCGCCGGUCCACGUUGACUACAGGGCAGCGUGCUUCUGCCAUCGCAACCUCAUCCAGAUCGGUUACGUCUGCUCCGUCUGCCUGUCCAUAUUCUGCAACUUCAGCCCCAUCUGUACAACUUGCGAGACUGCUUUCAAAAUCCAGCUCCCACAAAUGGUCAAAGGCAAAAAGAAGAAACUCAAAGCAUCAUGA